AUGUCCUACAACCCACGAAUGAGCAUUAUCCCCCCGACGCAGACCCAGUCGCGAACCCGCAAGAAAGAAGAUGAAGCCGACGCGUUCAUGCGCCUUCCGGACAAGGAGAUUGUCGGAUGCAUAACAGACAUCGGAAUCCCCUUCACUGUUGCCGACCUCCAGAAGCCCAACCCUCUUCAAGUCCAGAUGAUUUUCGAGUGGUUCGCUGAGUUGCUUCUCAACGCGACCCGCGAGACCGUCGAGCCCGCCAUGCGCGCCGCUGCCGAGGACAUCUGCGGCGAGUACGCCGAUACCGUCCCUCCUGACACCCGUAACCUGAUGGGCUUCUACGUCUCCCUUCGCCGUCUGCUUUCCGAGUGCGGCAUCCAGGACUUCGGCUUCAACGACCUGUACAAGCCGUCACACGACCGUCUCGUCAAGAUCUUCAGCUAUCUCAUCAACUUCGUACGGUUCCGCGAGUCGCAGACCAGCGUUAUCGAUGAGCACUUCAACAAGGCAGAGACGACCAAGUCGCGUAUCGAGAGCUUGUACUCGGAUAACCAGGAGAUGGAGUCGCGCCUCGUCGACAUGAAGCGCAACCGCAAGGCGAUGGAAGCACAGGUGCGCGAGAAGACGGCGCGCAACGAGGAGUUAAAACAGAGGCUACUGGAGCUGCGGCGCAACCAGGAGCGCGUGGCGGCCCGUCUGGAAGACGCCAAAGUCAAGAAGACGGAGCUCACCACGGCACUGGAAGAGAAGACAGCGCAGAAGCUGGUCAUGAAGCAGGAAAGCGCAAAGUUGCGACCUUACGUCAUGCAGAGCCCCUCGGCAUUGCAGGCAACACUCACGGAGCUGAGCAACGCGCUUAACAGCGAAAAGGCGCACAUCGAGGCCCUGGACCGUCGCUCGCGCGCGUUGCAGACUUCGGCCGAUUCCUUUUCGGUCGUGUCCACGGAUGUGGCGUCCUGUAUCAAGGUACUCGACGAGAUUGGCGUCGAGUUGGCUAAGGAAGAGGAGGAGAACUUGAAGAACGCCAAGCAGCGUGAUGCCCUUUCGGAGCGCGGUAACAACGUGCGAGAGGUCGAGCGCACAGAGGCGCUGUUGCAACGGCAGCUGCUCAAAUGGAAUGAGCGCACCGAGAAGCUUCGCGAGCAGAGUUCCGCCAAGGCUCAGGAGGCCAAGGAGAAGAUGGAAGAGCUUCGUGCCGUCCAUCGCAAGCUGACUGAGGAGCGGACGGAUAAAGGCAAGGAUAUCGAGAGACGCCGUGUCCGCAUCGAGCAGACUGAGAAGAAGAUGCUUGACCUCAAGGAGAACAUCGAGAACGAGAUUCACAGCGCAUACGAUGAGUUUCUCAAGAUGGAUUCUCACAUUAAGCUUUACAUCACCGAGAUGGAGCAAGCUUUGUAA